GCUCUGACUUGAUCGUCAGUUUUGUAACUCAGGUUGGUCCAUCGAUUCCUCAUUUGGAAGUUGAUCAGAGUCUUGAAGACAUCCUCGACUUUUGAGUUCCGGUUUUAUAUUGCAACUGCAGUCUGUCUUAAAGCAACCCGAGUACAGGACAGCCCCUUUUAAGCAACGAUGGGCGAGGAACGCCCACAACUAGGUUACAUUUGGUGCUUCAUCGCGGUAACGAUUCAAUAUGUUCAAGGUCAAACGACGUUCUCGUGGAGCCGCGUUAAUGAAGGCAUGAGAGUGAAUGAAUACGUGCUACAAAAUAUACCUUUACAAAAUUACAUCCAAUCGGACAAUGUCUCCUCAUACCCACUCUUGGUUGGUGCAUCCAUUGCCGAAUUCGAAUCGCUACCUAAUAACCUUUUCACGGGAAUUGACAGAUCUGACUUGUUGAAUUCUGCAGCUAGUUUUCUUCACCCGGCUCAGAUUGCGGCCUUGUCCCGCAAAACAGAUUGGAGGAUCACUUCGAAUGCUCGACCUUUGGUAAGGCCUUUCUUAACGUUGGAACAACUAACUACCGACCUAGAUGGAUCAGAGGAAAUCUUUGACGACGAUGAAAUGCCGUGGGCUUCUAUCCUAAAGAUUGCCGUUCUGACCAAUAACUACCCAGAAGUGUCCGCCGAAUCCAAGUUCCUUGCUGUCUCCUGGCCCCGAGAAAUCGAAGAAAUCACCAAGGAUUGGGGAAUCCAACACAUCGAUGUCGUCUCCAAAUCUCUCACAUUAGCUCAAAUUAGAGUACUGGUACGCCAACUUGAGAAUAUGUCUGAAGCUUCAAAAGCGGACGCGAGGACCAGUGUGAAUGUUCCACAAAUGCUCUUGUCGGGCCUCAAGGCGGGUUCUAUGCUAGACAUGGGUAAACAACACUUGGAACUGGCUUUGGAAUCGUCUCGAUUUCUGCCUUCACAAAAAUUCGCCACCUUCCAAGCCAUUCAAGAAGCGAACGAAGGCAAUUUCGAGGCCCUGGUUGAAGUUGUGGCUACCAAUCCCCAACUUUUUAACUUUAUGGGAAUAGAUGAUAUCGAAAAAGAGACGAAGACAAUUUUGGAGGCUGUGACGAAGCAAUUGAAAUCGACAACCAUGGAGGGCUACUCGAAAAUGCUACCCAGACAUUUGACCUCGGCACUCCUGAUGGACUUAAGGACCAACAUCGAGCUAAGUCGGGACGAAAGCUUGUAUUUACCGAUUAUGGCCGUAACUUGCCAGAACAUCGAACCCUUGAAUGAUAGAGAACUUCUCGCCACUCUGAAAUUGCAUCGCCCUCACAUCGAAAACGGUCCCAUGGCCGUGAAUUUCCCUCUGUCCAAGCGCAGAUGCUUUUCCCAGAAGCUCGAGACCGUUCUCCAGGAUGCUAAAGACGGGUUAGACGUGACUACCUUCUCGGGUAUUGGCGGCCAUGUCCUGUCUGCCCUGUCCAUCGAGACGAUCCGACAAAUGGGAGCACGCGUGGGCUUGGUCCACCAAGUCGAGAUACUUUUUGCCAUCGGACAAGUGCCCCAGAUUGAACUAGCUGCGAUUGUCCCGUUAUCGAAAUUAGAAGAAUUGGCAGAUUUAGCCGAAGAGACGCUCGCUGAUCAGCGAUACCCGGCCAAGCUCUAUCGGAUGGGAUCAUUGAUUCAUUUUUCCCGAACGGAACUCAGCUUGUCUCGUCCCGCGGAUAUCAAAGCUUUGAUUAGAAGGCGGUUUUUCGCCGACUUCCAGAGAACCUUGUGUAUUCCCAAGAUGGAACGAACGUGGUGGGCCAGGGCUCUUGUUCGGGCAUAUGGACCAAUUUCGAGAUGGAACUCCGAAGACUUGUACCAAAUUGGGGAUCUACUCGUUACUCUAUCAUCCAAUCAAUUGAGCUUGAUUUCGGUCUCAGAGUUGAAAAAUGCCGUCCCUUAUUUGUUGGAGUCGAGCAAAUAUAUGUCCAACUUCGAUUCGAUCCCUGCUUUUGCUAACUCUACCAUCGUCUAUCAGGUUUGUGAGAAAUGGUUGGGACCUGGAGAAGGUCAAGCGUUCAUGGCUCAACUAACGAGCCUUCAUCGUCUGUAUCUUCAAGCUUCUCAGCUAAGAGUGAACGAAGCCUUGGAAAAACCGAGCCGAAAGAAAAGAUCGUUGGAGAGUUUAGCGGGCUUCCGAUUUCUUUUCAACUCUCGCGUCAAACGCCAAUCGGAGGCCCAAAGUCUCUUCAGCACCAUCGUGGAGAGAACCCAGAUCAUCGUGGCAGCCUUUUCGGAACGAGAACUUUUCACAGGAACUCAAGAAGAAGACAUACGUCAACUCAUUCGAGACAAUCAACUAAAUACUCAACGUCUCAUCUUCCGAGAAUUGGCCCUAACUGGAGACUUGACCUACACUCAAACCAUUGAAAAAUUACAGAACCAAUUGCAGGAAGAAACUAUUUCUGAAGAGCGUUAUGGCGACAUUACAAGUGAGAUCACUCGACUUCUUUAUGACACCGCUCGGAAGAUUGGUGCAGUGCUAGAUUUGACUCCAGAUAACUUACGUCUCACGCGAGAGGAAUUCUGUUCAUUCUUCCAAAAUCUUGAAUUCUGUCAACGACCUCCUCCAACUCUAUCGACAACUCAAGAACCUACGACCAUACCCGAACCGACUACCACCACUGCUCCUGUCGUCGACAGGUCCGACAAUUUCGAUUUUUCAUCAGACUACGAAGACGGAGUUAGUCCAAUCGAAUUCGAAGACCUGGAUGGCGGAUCCGUGGUUUCUGCGCGAGAGAGAACCCUCUUCCUGCCCAAAGAGUUCAGUUGCCACGGCGUGAAGGCUGCCCGAGAUUCGGCCAUAGCAUUGAGUCCCGAAGAUUUGGACUCGUGGACAGCCCAAGAACUGGAGAAUUGCGUCGAGGUUUUGGGGAACAUCAGAUGGCCUCUGUCUACCAAGAUAUCCGUUUGGAACUUGAUGAGGAAAAAGAAUUUAGAUAUGUUCACUAGCGACAAGAUGAAACCCGAUCAAAUGAUUUCACUGAAUAACCUGAUUGAGGCUGUGGCCUUGGUGUCCCCUCAAAUGAUGGACUUGGACAUGAAGCACGUGGAUGCCCUUUCCGUGUUGGGAGAAUUUCGUUUUCCUCUGGAAGUGUUAGCCCUGUUGGCCCAACAAAUCACAACGGAUUCCAAUGGAACUUCAUUACCCAUGAAAACUGGAGAUCCAAAGAGUAGUUCACUCUUCAAUGCACUUAUCAUCGCGUCUAUGAAUCAUCUAGUCUGUGGACAGGAUCCAGAGGAAGUGCAAAAGUACAUGGAUUAUGAAAACACUGCACAAUUGGUUCUGCCCGUGUUAGCGCGAAUGAAAAGUUGUCCGUCCGAGAAGGUUUUGGAAGUCCUCGCUAAAGAGGCCAAAGAUCAAUACGGACUUCCCCAUACUUGGACGAGUGAGACCGUGCAGUACCUAGGAAUUGUGGUGGCUGGAUUACCUCCUAGUGAGUUCAGAUCGAUUGCGGAAGAAGCUAGAGGUGCAAUUUCCCCUGAAGUUUUCGAGCAUCUGAAAUACGAUCACUUCAAAGAGGUCCUAGCUGAGAACCUCGAUCAAUAUGCCGAGGAAUCAUUGGGCCGGUUAGAUACUAUUCAAAUGAGGUCAGAGGAUGGUCAGAUCAUUCCGCAGGAGCACAUCGAGAUGAUGAAAUCAAUUGAUCGCAAUGGCCACAUCGGCCUGAUGAAGACAAUGGUUAUGCUGGAGGAAUUGGGCGAUAUCAUGCCAGAGCCCAAAAUUGGAGCCAGUCAAACUAUCGAAGGUGCCGAAGCCGAGGGUUCGGGCAUUCAGUCUCAUCGUCCAAAUUGGUCUACUUUAAUCAUGACUUCAUUGCUGGCCUUGACAGUUUCUGCUUUUACUUCCUGAUCUUGAAUAAUUCAUACCACGUAGCUCGACCCCCCGUCCUGUGGUGGAAUUCAUCCCAAUCGACUGAGAUAUUGAUCUUUUUUUAUGUACCCAAUGCUAUAUUUUACAUAUGGUUAAUCAAGUAAUACACCUUUACACUCGUGUGAUUUA